GCUCUGGGCUGGGAGGCAGACAGACCAGCGCUGCUGCAGCAGCGACUCAUCCUAUCGAUAAGGUUCAGUUAGCCAAGGUGGAGGAUGGGAAAAGAAUGGAGCUGUCCCAGCUACUCAAUGAGAUCAGGGCAAACUAUGAAAAGCUCCUCACCAGAAAUCAGAUAGAGACCGUGCUCUCAACAAGGAUCCAGGUAAUGAUUUCAUACAGACAGACACCCUCCAGGAUAAGGAGACAAUCCAUGUCUAUCCAAUUCCUGUCCCGGCCUCUCUGAGCUGGAAGAAGAUCUGAGCAAAAAAAUGGACAAAGAUGAAGAGGCUUUAAGGGCAGCUCAAGCAGAACUCAAGGAAGCCCGGCGCCAGUGGCACCACCUGCAAGUGGAAAUUGAAUCUCUCCACGCUGUGGAACGGGGCCUCGAAAACUCCCUGCAGGCCAGUGAGCAGCAUUACCAGAUGCAGCUGCAAGACCUGGAGGCUGUGAUUGAAGGACUGGAAAAAGAGCUACAGGAAGUAAGGCAAGGCAUCGAGAAGCAGCUCCAAGAGCAUGAGAUGCUUCUCAACACGAAGAUGAGGCUAGAACAAGAAAUAGCCACGUACCGCCGCCUCCUAGAAAAGGAAGAAAUCAGAUAUUAUGGUUGUAUCCAAGGAGGAAAAAAAGAAAAAAAACCUACAAGUAGAGUUGGUUUUGUUUUACCUUCAGCCAUUAUAAAUGAAAUCUCUUUUUCAACAAAAGUCCCACAAAAGUGUGAGAAUGAAAAAGUGGAAACAGUGACCAAACAGGCAAUAUUAAAUGGAAAUAUGGUGAAGGAGAGCACUGAAGCUCAUGGCACUAUUCAGACCGAGAAAGUGGAUGAAGUUAUUAAAGAAUGGGAAGGUUCCUUCUUUAAAGAUAACCCUCGGUUAAGGAAAAAAUCUGUUUCUCUUCGCUUUGACCUUCAUUUAGCAGCCACUGAUGAAGGGUGUUUACAGACUAAACAGGAUAAUCUACCAGAUAUAGAAGUCAGGCUUAUCAUGAGGAGAUCAUGCAGUAUUCCCUCUAUCAAACCUCCAUCAGCAGCUCAUUAACCCAAAGACAGUAUUUGACUUGACUUGAAAAUGACAUUAGGAUGGACCAAGGUGGGCGAUGCUGACUACCUUCUGUCCCAAAUGUAAGUUGAAGUAUGAAUGUUAUGAUUGAUGUGUGAUUCUCUUCGUGGGCGGGGGGGAUGGCAAGGGGCAAAAUUUCUCUGCAUUUAACUAUGGAUAUAUUUUUUGGAAAGGGAAGUGCAAAUAAAAUCAGAAAAUCAGUAUGAUUUCUAUUUUAUUUAUCCUCCAAAUAAUCGUUUUUGUUCCCUUGAAAUUUUAUCAGAGAUGGUAAGCAUUAGCAGCUUAGUAAAAUCUGUGACUUGAUGCCUGAAUACUCUAAGGAAAAGGGAAUGGUUUAUCUAAAUAUGAUUGUACUAUGUUAAGAAUCACACUGAGCAAUUCAUCACUCUUCUAUGACUGGUUAUAUCUACAAAGAUUUUUCUAAUUGAAAAAGAAAACAAUUAUACAACUUUUAAAGAGGACUCCCUAUUCCCUUAACCAAAAAUGUUCCUUUUGAGACAAUCAUUUGCAUUGUAUUACAGGAAUAUUAAAGACCAAGUUGCCAAUAUUUUGAAGGAUUAGGAAUUAAAUAAGUAUAAAACAUAGCCCAGUUCUAAUUUGAUUAAAUAAAAUUAACCUUCAUCUGAAAGUGUUUUGUAGUCAUGUGAUUUCCAGAAGAGUUACUUUAUUCAAAGAACUUUAAAAAUUGUCCUUUAUCAACAACAACAAAAAAAGAGGCCAGUUGCACAAAAUAUGAAAAGCUGAUUACUACAGUUUCUAGAACAGUUAUCCAACCUCUCCCUAUCCCAGUUUUUCCAUCUGUAAAGUUAAAUGUGAUUAAUUGGAGUAUUUGGUGUGAGCAUUAGGUAAAAUAUUAUAUAAAGUCUUAUAAGUAUUUCCUGCAAUCAUUUAUGUGAAUUAAGACAAUAGUAUUGUUAUCGAAGCUAUGAGUAUUUGCAGGAUUUAUGUUUUUAAAUUGUUCCAAGUGUAAUAAAUAUGGAUAGAAAAUAUAUUUAUGAGUAAGUAGUGUUGCAGAGGUUUUUAAACAACCUAAUUUGUUUAAUACAGGUAUAUUUCUUUUAAGACCUUAAAUAAAAAAAACAUCUGUUUUAAACAUUAAAAAUUUAUAGGCUAUUAAUUUUUUCUAAACAGAAAAUAUGUUGAGUAUCACUCACCAUACUGUUAUCCCAACUAAAGAAUUAUCCAAGGGCUAUAGCUGUUAGCAUUUUAGUACAGCCUUUUCAACUGAAACCUCUCUCUCUCUCUGUCUCUCCCUCUCUGUGUAUGUCUCUCUCUUCCUCUCUCUCCUUUAUUUCAACAACAACAAAAAGAUAUAUUUUAACCAGAAGAAAAUUAUGUUAAUCUUUAACAUAAUACAGGGAUAUAGUUAAAUUUUUCUUUCAAUUACUUCAGAUUUCUUUAAGCCUUGCUUAUUCUAUUUAGUGAAAGGAAUAAUUUUGUUGUCAAGGUUACAACAGCAUGUUAAGUGCUUAUUCUUGCAUAAGCAUCUAACCUAAAAUACAUCCUAUAUGUAAAAGUGUUUAAUUCAAUAUCAGUUAAAAGCUACUAACUUCAUAAAGCUUUGAAAACGCAGUCAUAUAAGCUAUUGUACUAAAGUUACUGUACUAAGCAACAGUAAUCGUAAUGGAAUAUAUCUAGUGUAAUUGAUAUGCAAUGUAAAAACUUAAUAGUGGGCAUCAUAAAUGUAACUGCUUAUAAUAGUAAUUCCACUAUGCAGCUAUUGUGUGUAACGUAUAUUUCAAAGUAGAGUAUUUGAAUUUAUAACAAAGUUUUAUUUGCUUUGGGGCAUUUUAAAUUGGGAUAUGAAUUUACCAAAGUAAAUGAUACCACUAUAAUAAAAAUUAUAAAACU